UUUACAGGUUAGGCCGAGCGUAGUUUAGUCGAUUCAGCGUUCGCGUUCGUUUGUUGUUUAUGGUGUAUGGCCCAUCCCAGUGUUAGCUGUGAAUGUGUAUGCCGUUUCCAUAACUAUCUAUAUUAACAUUUAAUGGAUAUUAUCUAUUGCUGAUAAGACCGUUAGGCUAGUAUGCCUGAAGCAAAGAAAAUGGCAGUUGAUAAUGAUGCAUCGCCGAAGAAAGGGGGCGCAGCGAGGGUGGCUCGCACCGGCAACGCCCUCGCCCAAGUGACCAUGCUGGACGGUUCCGUCUUGGAUAUCAGCAUCGAGCGCAAAGCCACCGGCAAGGACCUACUCGACCGAGUCUGCGAGGCCAUCAAUCUCAUCGAGAAAGACUAUUUCGGAUUGAUCUACUCCGACAGGCACGAUCCACGCAAUUGGCUCGACCUCGAGAAAAGAAUAUCCAAGUUCAUGAAAUCGGAGCCCUGGAACUUCAGCUUCGAAGUGAAAUUCUAUCCCCCAGAUCCGUCCCAACUCCAGGAGGACAUCACCCGCUACCAGUUGUGCCUCCAGAUCCGCAACGACAUCCUCAACAACAGGCUACCGUGUUCGUUCGUCACCCACGCGCUCCUCGGCUCCUAUCUGGUGCAAUCCGAGCUCGGUGAUUACGACCCGGACACGAUGACGUCUCAGGACUAUCUGAAGGAGUUCAAGUUUGCCCCCAAUCAGACGCGAGAGCUCGAGGAAAAAGUGGCGGAGUUACAUAAAACCCACAGGGGUCAGACGCCCGCACAAGCUGAGUUGCAUUACUUAGAAAAUGCGAAGAAGCUGGCGAUGUACGGCGUAGACUUACAUCCGGCCAAGGACUCCGAAGGCUUGGACAUCAUGCUGGGGGUGUGCGCCUCCGGUUUGCUCGUAUACAGGGACAGACUGCGCAUAAACCGAUUCGCGUGGCCGAAAAUUUUGAAGAUUAGCUACAAACGGCAUAAUUUCUAUAUCAAGAUCCGACCCGGAGAGUUCGAGCAAUUCGAAUCAACAAUCGGUUUUAAAUUGGCCAACCAUCGGGCGGCCAAGAAACUCUGGAAGACUUGCGUCGAACAUCAUACUUUCUUCAGAUUGAUGUCGCCAGAAAUCAAUCAAAAGUCGUCGCUUUUCCCGAAACUAGGCUCGAAAUUCCGCUACUCCGGACGAACACACUAUGAAACGAAGAAAACACCCAUCGAUAGACCGGCCCCUCAAUUCCAGAGGUCCCUUACUGGCAAGAGGUUGACUUCCAGAAGUAUGGAUCCUCUCGGAGGGGUACGGCCUGAAGACGAAUAUAACGAAGCGAAUAAACGACACACAAUGUCGCAUCCGCCAGAACAUAUUCCUGACGUCGACAAUCAGUCACCAGCGAAAGUGAAAUCUCCAAAAGAUAAAGAAAAGGACAAGCUUGCAAGGAAAUUCAGUGCUGGAUCGGCGAAAUCAGGCAGCUCUGUUAGUUCAGUAGAGGGAGAAUAUGAGGCUGACAAAAAUCAAAAGAAACCUAUAGGAGGCGUAGCAGUUUUGCCGUCCGCGGGACUAAAGAAGAAAGAAAAGGACGACAAAGACAAGGAGAACAGCGCCCCAGACCAAAAUGGAACCGAUACGGAAUCUCAACUCAAUUCAAGUGCCGAAAAUGAGAAAACUCCCAAGGACAAACGUGAGAAAUCGAAGAGUCCCGGUUUUCUAUUCGGUUCGAAGCGCGACAAGUCGCCAAAAGACAAAAAAGAAAAAGAAAAGGUGGCCGCUUCGCCGAAAGAUAAAAAAGAAAAGGAAAAAAUUGCUGCGUCCGCUGAUGACAAAGGUGGUCCACCUAUGGGUUCACCUCAACUUCCAGGUUACACCCGUGACUACGAUUAUGAGGCGCCCGAAAGCGAAGCCACACCGAGAAAGCCGUAUGCCCAGGGCUUCAGCUACGAAAAACCGAAUAGUCCGAAGAGCGAUCCGGAAAGUCAACAGUCUCCGACCACCAAGAAAGCGACCGCUACGGCAUUCAAUUAUGCCCCCGGCGACGUGGAUAAACUGAAAAAGGGUCCAGAUUUCAAGAGUCCAAAGGACGAUACAGCCGCAUUUUUGGCCGGAGAACAAUAUCUUCACCAUGCUCCUCCGGAUGACAAGAACAAAGCCCGUGCCAAUGCAGGUGGCGUUGGUGCAGCCGCCGCAGCUGCCGGUGCUCCAGUUGCUGCUGCAGUACCAGUCGCUGGAAAGAACACGAAACCAGUCAAAUUGUUCGUUAUUACGGGACCCAAAGACCCUAAAACUAACAGAAUCGAUUUGGAGGCUGCAUCUCUUGAUACAUCAGUGGGUCAACAGAACGAGGAUUCGGGUCUUGUAGACUCAAAAUAUGGCUUAAUUGAUCCAUCCAACGGUACCGUAGUAAUUACCGAUCCAGUCACUGGCCAAAAGGAAGUUGUACAAGGACAAGUUAAUCCUGCUACCAAACAAAUUAUUAUCACCUCCGGCGCUAUAAUUGACCCCAAAACGGGCAAAAAGAACAAUGCAUUAGGACAAAUUAUCUCAAUUUCUGACCAAAAACGAAAACCAGGUGCAAGUCCUCUCGUCAUUGCUCCCAAGAAACGUAUAAUUAAGAUUACUGUCGUUACCUCAAAGAAAGAUCCAAAAUCAGGUAGAAUUGAAGCUGAGAAAGGACAUAGUGAAGUUGUAGAAGCCGUCUUGGAUCCAAUUACUGGUCAAAUCGAAUGUAAAUACGGUCUAAUUGACCCCGUGAACUCCAAAAUUGUUCAUAAGGAUCCCAAGACUGGAAAGGGAGAAGUUUAUCCUAUCGAAGUUGAUUCAACCCUCAACCAGAUAGUGAUUAAAGAAGGUGUCCAUGAUCCAAAAACUAACAAACUGGAUAAUGGUUUGGGGCAGUUGGUUAAAAUUUCUGAAGUGGGCGAUUCAGUCGUCCCUAUUACAGCUGUUACGGCUAAACGUGAUCCUAAAACAGGACAAUUGGACCCUUCACAAAGUCAUAAAGAGACAACCAAUGGAAAGUUGGAUGCUAAGAAUGGGCUCAUUUAUACAAAAUAUGGUGUUAUUAAUGUGAAGAACAAGAGGAUUUCAAUACGCGAUCCCAAGACUGGUAAAAUUGCAGAACAUCCUAUUCAGUUGGAUGGCAAUGAUAACGUUAUUGUCCUGUCUGGAGUUGUUGAUCCAAGAACCAAUCAGGUGGACAACAAUCUGAGUCAGAUUUUACAGGUCGGGCAAGAAAUAGACCCUGAAGUACAAGUAAUUUCUGUGUGUGGAAAAGUGGACAAAAAAGGUCUCGAUCCCAAAUCCGCAUCUCCCGUUGAAACAUCACCAGCUUUGUACAAUUCAGACAAUGAUAAAGUGUUCACUAAGUAUGGAAUGUUUGAUCCUGUCAACGAAACUCUUACAUUUAUUGAUCCUAAAACUGGCAAGACCGAAACAAAACAUGGUCAACGCGACCCUAACUCCGGAGAAAUUCUUUUUAAAGGCGUUGUAAAUCCAAAGAUUGGUAAAAUCGACAACAACUUUGGCAGAACCAUCAAAGUUCAAGUAAAAGAACCUGAGGUGGCGCCGGGAGUUAAAGAACUUAUACCGGACCAAGUUAAUGGAAGUACCGUUACAGAUCCACAAGCAAGUAAGUCCAACUUGGCCGGCAGCUUGCCCGUACGUGAAGACCCUGCUGUUAAAAAGAAGGAAACCGAUAAAGAUCAGUAUCUUCAGCAAUCUACUUCAGAAGAUAAGAACAAAGCUCGCGUCACUCCAGUUGCUGGUACUGCUGUAACCUCUAGUACCGCUGCUGAUCCUAGCACUGCUGCCGUUUCUGCAUUAGUGCCGGCCGUUGGAAAGGGCACCAAACAAGUCAAAUUGUUCGUUAUUACAGGACCUAAAGACCCCAAAACUCACAGAAUUGAUUUGGAGGCCGUGUCUUUGGACACAUCAGUCGGGCAGCUAAACGAGGAAUCCGGUCUUGUAGACUCGAAAUAUGGCUUAAUUGAUCCAACUAAUGGUACUAUAGUUAUUACUGAUCCAGUCACUGGUCAAAAGGAAGUUGUACAGGGACAAGUGAACCCUGCCACCAAACAAAUUGUUGUUACUUCCGGUGCAAUAAUUGAUCCAAAAACUGGCAAAAAGAACAAUGCAUUAGGACAGAUUCUCACGAUUUCAGAUCAAAAACGAAAGCCUGAUGCAAGUCCUUUGGUAGUAGCUCCGAAGAAACGUAUUAUUAAAAUAAUAGUAAUUACCUCAAAGAAAGAUCCCAAAACAGGUAAAAUCGAUGCUGAGAAAGGACAUAGUGAAGUUGUUGAAGCUGUAUUAGAUCCCGUUUCUGGUCAAAUAGAAUGUAAAUACGGCCUCAUUGAUCCUGUGAACAAUAAGAUCGUUCACAAAGAUCCAAAGACUGGAAAGGGGGAGAUUUCAACUAUCGACGUGGACCCAUCUCUCAACCAUAUACUCAUUAAAGAUGGAGUCUAUGACCCGAAAACCAACAAGUUGGACAGUGGUUCAGGACGAUUGGUUAAGAUUUCCGAAUUAGACGACACAGUGGUACCAGUUACUGCUGUUACAGCUAGACGCGAUCCCAAAACGGGACAACUGGAUCCAUCUCAGAGUCAUCAAGAAACAACAAAUGGAAAACUGGACCCCAAGAAUAAACUCAUUAUUACUAAAUAUGGUGUUAUUGAUAUAAUUCAUAAGAAAAUUUCAAUUCGCGACCCCAAAACAGGUCAAGUUUCGGAACAUCCGGUGCAAUUCGAUGAUAACGGCAACUUUAUUGUCCUUUCUGGUGUUGUUGAUCCCAGAACCAACCAAGUAGAUAACAACUUAAGUCUCGUUCUACAAGUAGGACAAGAAUUAGACCCUGAAGUGGAAGUCGUUUCUAUGUGUGGAAAAGUGGACAAAAAAGGACUUGACCCCAAGUCUGCGUCACCUGUUGAAACGUCUGAAGCUUUAUUCAAUCCUGACAAUGACAAAGUAUUCACUAAAUACGGUAUGUUUGACCCUAUUAACGAGACAUUCACAUUUAUCGACCCCAAGACGGGCAAGACUGAAAUAAAAUAUGGUCAACGCGAUCCCAACUCUGGAGAGAUUUUAUUCAAGGGGGUCGUAAAUCCGAAAACUGGCAAAGUCGACAACAACUUCGGUCGCACCUUCAAGAUACAAAUAAAACAAGUCCCGAAGAAUUAUCAGUUCGACGAGAGCAUAAUCAACGUCACCACUCAGACUGUUUACAUCUACAGCAUGGUCGAUCCCAAGACCGGCAAAAUCGUGCAGGUGGAUCCGAACGACCCACUGGUCAAGAGCGGUAACACUAAAGUAACUCAGGUGCUCACAUUGUCUGGCGAAAUCGAUCCGGUGACCGGCAAGAUUCAUACCGAAUGGGGACACAUCGAUCCACAGACUGGCGAUAUUGAUCCCAAGACCGCCAGAAAGGACCCCGUUACCGGCGAACUGAUCUUGAAUUAUGCUCAAAUUGACCCAAACCAUUUCUCAGAUCUCAAGGACACGAAAGUCAAGGUAAAAACUUACACGACAACGGAGGACAGAAGCUCGGGCGAAAGCAGCGACGACGACUUGAGCGAAUAUGGGGUUGACAAUUUACAGACAUUGACUGCAAACUUGGGCAUCCAUAAGGGCAAAAAAGCGGCGGGACCAACAACACCGGUUAUCGUUAAGACUACCACCAAGCAGAUCGUGACGAAGGACAAGGACGGCGUCACUCAGAACAUCGAGGAACGUGUGGAAGACGGCAGAACCGGCGAGGUCACCUACUCUACACAAAUUAACAAGGCUGACGCGCCUCUCGCUGACGACGGCAAGUCGCCAUUCGUGACGGCCCGGGCCGUUACCACGCGUACCGCCACCACCCACGAGGACCUCGGUACGAAUGCGCGAACCCAACAAUUAGAGGAGAAGACGGUAGCAACGUCGAUGACGUCCAGCGCCACCAGACAAGAACAACGGACCGUCACGCAGGAGGUGAAGACCACCAGCACCGUGGUCAGCGGAGAUCAGCUGGGCAGACGAGGCAGCAUUAGUUCGACUAGUUCAGGUGACUCCGGCACCCCGAUUGACCCUCCAGACGAUCCAAAUCAUCCUUAUUACAACAGUGCUAUCUACAAGGAGACACCCGAAGGUAUAGUUCAGACGGAAACUGUAGUCUACAAUGUGGAUCCUACCGUUUAUCGCACAAGCACCACCGACGUUCCGGUAGUAGCUACUGAAUCCAGGAAGGUGCAGUUGUCUUCGGAUGAUGGAAAUUAUAGUGCAACUGGCGAAAUUGUCAGCACCCAAACGAUUAGUUCCAAGACUAGAACUGUUGAAACAAUCACGUAUAAAACUGAACGUGAUGGGGUUGUGGAGACCAGAGUAGAGCAGAAGAUUACAAUCCAAUCGGACGGUGAUCCGAUCGAUCACGAUCGCGCUUUGGCCGAGGCUAUUCAAGAAGCGACUGCUAUGAAUCCGGAUAUGACUGUUGAGAAAAUAGAGAUUCAACAGCAGUCUGCUCAGCAACAAUAACCAGUGUUGUUUUGAAAAGCCAGUAAGAUAGAGCACCAAAUCGAAGAUAUUAAAGGAAAAAAAUUCUGAACAAAAUAUAUUUUAUUAGCUUUGCUUCAACAUUAGUGUUUUCGCAAAAAAAUCUUAUGCUGGCCUUUUGUGUAUAUUAAAAAACAAAACUUAUUUAAUCUAGAUUUAAGGACAAUUGUGUUUCUUAUAAGUGUGUCUGACCCACAUCACAGAUAUUUAGUCACAUUCAACGUAAUUUUUUUUAUUUAAUUUUUUUUUUGGUGAACGGUCACAAAAUGUUUUAUGUUGCAUAAAGUAUAAUAUUUAAAUAUAUAUUAUUUAUUUUUUCAAAAGCUUAAUAAAUUAAGAAUAAGGUGCUUUAUAUGAUAAAAAGUGCUAGAUAUUUAGAUAAAAAUGAAUCUCAGAUUAACAUAAAAUAAGGUAAAAAUUCAAAUGUGUUCAAAAGGUUAUUUAAAAUUUUACAUGUCUAACCCACAUUCCAUGUGUACAUUUUUUCAAAGAUAUGUCGAUAAAAUGAGAGUAUGUAACCUAACUGUUGUAUAUUUAGAAAUUUAUUUAUUGUUCUUGAGCACAGCAAACUAUUAUAUAUUACUUGACCAUAAGGGACCCUAAAAUUUCAGGUUUUGUCCAGUUUUAAGACAAUAAGUCCGUUUAUAUAGCUGAGCUGAAGAUUGUUAUCUAAACGAUAUUACUUAUUUUAUUUUUAAGACACCAUUAUUUUAAUGUUUUUUUUUAUUAAGAUGCUUGAUGUGGUUUAGCAAAAAAUAGUCCUGGCACAAGUUUGAAUGUACCGCAACUAUCCAUGACAUGGUCCCUGAACCCUAUAGUUUCUUCCAAAUAAAACUAAAAUAAAAAGUUUGAGCUGGGAACAUUUUGCCUUGCAUUUUUAUCGUGAAAAUAAUUACACACUAAUACUAUUUAGAUUUAGUUUUUAUAUAUACAAAAUAAAUAUAUAUUUUGUGGUAUUAUUUUUAUCAAAUGUCGGAUUCAAUAGUUCAUAUUAACCAUAGUGUUUAGUCGAGCUUUCUAUAAAAUUUACAUUUGAUUAUGUAAAUAUUUAAAAUAUAUAUGUUGACAAAUAUGAACUUUUGAACAAUUGCUUUAAUUUGAUUUAAACGCAGCUCUAGCUAUUUAAUAGUUGUUUUUAAGUAUUUGUUUUUAAAAGUUUUAUUUGAUUAAAUAUUAUGUUAAAAUA